AUGACAAUAGAUCGAUUUUUGCUACUGUUUCUCCUCUGGGUAUGCUUGCCACACUUCUGCUCUCCAGAGAUAAUGUUCAGAAGGACUCCUGUGCCUCAGCAACGAAUUUUAGGUCCACGCAUACCUAGAAGUGAUGGCAAAAUUCUGCAUCGUCAAAAACGUGGUUGGAUGUGGAAUCAGUUUUUCUUACUGGAAGAAUAUACAGGAUCUGAUUAUCAAUAUGUGGGAAAGCUUCAUUCAGACCAAGAUAAAGGAGAUGGAUCACUCAAAUAUAUUUUAUCUGGAGAUGGAGCUGGUACUCUUUUUAUUAUUGACGAAAAAACAGGUGACAUUCAUGCCACAAGAAGAAUUGAUCGAGAAGAAAAGGCCUUUUAUACUCUACGUGCACAAGCUAUUAACAGAAGAACGCUGAGGCCAGUAGAACCAGAGUCUGAGUUUGUGAUCAAAAUCCACGAUAUCAAUGACAAUGAGCCAACAUUCCCAGAGGAAAUUUAUACAGCUAGUGUUCCUGAAAUGUCUGUCGUAGGUACUUCUGUGGUGCAAGUCACAGCUACCGAUGCCGAUGACCCUUCCUAUGGAAACAGCGCCAGAGUCAUUUACAGCAUACUCCAAGGGCAGCCGUAUUUCUCUGUGGAGCCUGAAACAGGUAUCAUCAGGACUGCUUUGCCAAACAUGAACAGAGAAAACAGGGAGCAAUAUCAAGUGGUUAUCCAGGCCAAGGACAUGGGCGGCCAGAUGGGAGGCUUAUCGGGGACUACCACCGUCAACAUCACGCUGACAGAUGUCAAUGACAAUCCACCUCGCUUCCCCCAGAACACCAUCCAUCUUCGAGUACUUGAAUCCUCCCCAUUGGCACAGCUGUUGGAAGUUGGCACAGCUGUUGGAAGUGUAAAAGCAACUGAUGCUGACACUGGGAAAAAUGCUGAAGUUGAAUACCGAAUAUUUGACAUCAUAACUGAGAAGGACACACAGGAAGGCAUCAUAACUGUGAAAAAGCCGCUUGACUAUGAGAGCCGAAGACUUUACACUCUGAAGGUGGAAGCAGAAAAUACCCACGUGGAUCCACGAUUUUAUUACCUAGGACCAUUUAAAGAUACAACGAUUGUCAAAAUCUCUAUAGAAGAUGUGGACGAGCCUCCCGUUUUUAGCAGAUCCUCCUAUCUGUUUGAGGUUCACGAAGAUAUUGAAGUGGGCACAAUCAUUGGGACUGUAAUGGCAAGGGACCCCGAUUCGACUUCUAGCACCAUUAGAUUUUCCUUGGAUCGUCAUACUGACCUUGACAGGAUCUUCAAUAUACAUUCUGGAAAUGGAUCCCUUUAUAUAUCAAAGCCACUUGACCGUGAACUAUCUCAAUGGCACAAUCUUACCGUUAUAGCUGCUGAAAUCAAUAAUCCCAAAGAGAUGACCCGUGUGGCUGUUUUUGUGAGAAUCUUGGAUGUUAAUGACAAUGCCCCACAAUUUGCUGUCUUCUAUGACACUUUUGUGUGUGAAAAUGCCAGACCAGGCCAGCUCAUACAGACUAUUAGUGCAGUAGACAAAGACGACCCUUUAGGUGGACAAAAAUUUUUCUUCAGUUUAGCUGCUGUCAAUCCAAACUUCACAGUACAGGACAAUGAAGAUAAUACUGCCAGAAUUCUAACCAGAAAAAAUGGAUUCAAUAGACAUGAAAUAAGCACCUAUCUCUUGCCGGUGGUGAUCUCAGACAACGAUUACCCAAUUCAGAGCAGCACGGGCACGCUGACCAUCCGCGUGUGCGCAUGCGACGGCCAGGGCAACAUGCAGUCCUGCAGCGCCGAGGCCCUGCUGCUCCCCGCCGGCCUCAGCACCGGCGCCCUGAUCGCCAUCCUCCUCUGCAUCAUCAUCCUGCUGGUGAUAGUAGUACUGUUUGCAGCUCUGAAAAGACAGCGGAAAAAAGAACCUCUGAUCUUGUCUAAAGAAGACAUCAGAGACAACAUCGUGAGCUACAACGACGAGGGGGGCGGAGAGGAGGACACCCAGGCCUUUGAUAUCGGCACCCUGAGGAACCCCGCAGCCAUCGAGGAGAAGAAGCUGCGGCGAGAUAUUAUUCCGGAGACUUUAUUCAUACCCCGAAGGACUCCCACGGCGCCAGACAACACGGAUGUGCGGGAUUUCAUCAAUGAACGGCUGAAGGAGCAUGAUCUCGACCCCACCGCGCCUCCCUACGACUCGCUGGCCACCUAUGCCUACGAAGGGAACGACUCCGUGGCGGAAUCUCUGAGUUCCUUGGAGUCAGGUACCACUGAUGGAGACCAAAACUAUGAUUUCCUCCGGGAAUGGGGCCCUCGGUUCAACAAGCUGGCGGAGAUGUAUGGUGGCGGGGAAAGCGACAAAGACUCCUAA